AUGGCCUCAAGACUCGAUCGGUUGGUAACCAUUCUUGAGACGGGUAGCACCCGCCUCAUUCGGGAGACAGCCGUCAACCAGCUUGCCGACUGGCAAAAGCAACAUCCAGACGAGCUCUUUAACCUGCUAUCUCGAGUCGUCCCAUAUCUUCGACACAAAGAAUGGGAGACUCGAAGCACCGCAGCAAAAGCCAUAGGCAAGAUUGUUGAGAACGCCCCCCUAUAUGACCCAAACUCCGGCGACCCACUCAGCCAGCUCAAGAAUGAAGAACCUGCCGCUGAGAACGGCCACGUCAAGAAGGAAGAGCACGAAACUGAGCCCCGCCUGCACGACGAGGACCUAUUCACUUUCGAUUCCCUCAACAUUGACUCUAUUCUCAGAUUUGGACGCGAGCUACUUCGAGGCGGCGGCAUCGAAUACAACUUGGCCGCCCUGGACCCACAAGACCGCCUGGCACACCAAAAGAAAACCCUUCUAGGUCGGCUCGGACUCCUUGGGCGAAAGUUCGAAGAUGAGGAGAUGCCUAUCAUGGUCGACUCACAAGCCGCGCCCAUGACUCCCCUUGAGGCGAGCAACGGCAACGGCCUGGCUCGCAGCGACAGCAUUUCAGCCACGGGUCAGGGGCCCGAGGACUCUCAGCUGAGCACGAGACAGCUUAACGUGCUCAAGCGCAAACGAAAGAGAGAGGCGAUGAAGGCGUCGCAAGGUAAGGGCGGCUUUGGAGACUUGUCUCUGCGGCGAUCGACGACAGCUGGGUCUGAAGCUUUUGCGGACGAAACGCCGGCUGCUGACCCCGACUCCAAGAAGAACGGACAAGUCAACGAUUACUUCAAUCUAGACCGCCCCACUGAUGUUGACGAGGAGACCAAGGUCGUCAGUGAGUUCAAGGGGCCGACCAUUCCCAUAAAAUCCGAGAUUGAAGCGGACGACUCCCUGGAGGGCUUCGAAUGGCCGUAUGAGCGUCUUUGCGACUUCCUAAAGGUGGACUUAUUUGACCCGUCCUGGGAGACUCGACACGGAGCGGCGAUGGGUCUCCGAGAAGUAAUGAGGGUGCACGGCGGAGGCGCCGGUCGCUUACGCGGUAAGACAAGAGGCGACAAUGAGACCCUGAAUCGCAAGUGGCUGAACGACAUGGCCUGUCGGCUAUGCUGCGUUUUGAUGCUGGACCGCUUCACCGAUUACAGUUCCGACACGUCCGUGGCGCCGAUUCGAGAGACGAUCGGCCAGACCCUUGGUUCAGUCCUGAAGCACGUUACCGCCGAUUCGGUACAUGACAUUUAUCGGAUUCUCUACCGGAUGGUGAUACAGGAAGAUAUACAACUUGAACGAUCGCAAUGGGCAGUGUGCCAUGGAGGCAUGGUCGGCUUGCGAUACGUCGUGGCAGUUAGGAAAGAUUUGCUCCUCCAGGACGGCGACAUGAUUGAUGGUAUCAUCAGAGCAGUAAUGAAGGGCUUGGGCGACCUGGAUGAUGACGUUCGUUCUGUCAGCGCCGCCACCAUCAUCCCCAUGGCCAAGGAGUUCGUCACCAUGAGGCCAGCAGCGCUGGAUGAUCUCACAAACAUUGUUUGGGAGUCACUGUCGAACCUCGGAGACGACCUGAGCGCGAGCACAGGACGUAUUAUGGAUCUUCUCGCCACGCUCUGUGGUUUCCCCGAAGUUUUGGAGGCGAUGAAGGCGUCGGCAGCUCAGGACGAGGAACGGUCCUUCACCCUACUUGUUCCUCGGCUUUAUCCGUUCUUGCGACACACCAUCACCUCCGUGCGCUUGGCCGUCCUCAAAGCGCUAUUGACCUUUGCGAACCUAGGUGCCGACACAUCUCAAGGCUGGCUGAACGGAAGGAUCCUGCGCCUUGUGUUCCAGAACAUCCUGGUCGAGAGGGAUCAAGAGACGCUGAACACGUCUCUGAAACUUUGGGACGCACUGGUCCGCUGUUUGGCCAAGGACCCCGCCGUCCUUGCGGAUGAGUUUGCUCCCCAUAUCGAAGCGCUUAUGCAACUCACGUUGCACCCGAUUGGCAUCUCAAGGAAUCCGAUCCCCAUGAAUGCAGGGCUCUUCCAGAAACCAUCCGGCGGAACGUAUUCGAACACGCUCCCUCAACCGUCUGCUCGGAGGCUGUCGUCGCCCGACGGAUCGGAUAGAGCACCGAAGCGGCGCCGCAAGUCCAACAAGGCUGUCGAGGAAGCAGUUCCUGCUGGCUUGACGCACGAUGUGGAUGGCCACAUGAUGCAGGGCGACAUCGAUCUCGUCGGUAUGGAAGUGCUAAUCCGGUCUCGCGUGUCUGCCGCCAAGGCAAUGGGCCAGGUCAUGUCUUUGGUACCGACAAAGAAUCUGGACGACUACGACGUGCUUUUGCUGCCUGGACUGACAUCUCCUUUCGCGUCAACUCAGCUUUCAGCAUGUCUCGUCAUUGACGAGUUCGCAAAGGAUUGCGCCAACACUGAUAGCAGCUCAAGGUACGCGGAUCACGUACAGCGCAUGGUCGAGGCGGACCGUCCCUCUUCAUACAGGGACCUUGUCAAUUUUGUGCAGCGAACUAGAACGCAGUGCCAACAACUCAUCAACUUGUUCCGCGACCACGGCAAGGUCUCCCAGGGCCGAUUGCCGGUGCUCCCGGUGGUGGUACAAGGUGAACCCGAAGCUGGACCCGGCGCUUUCUCCAUUGCGACCGCCGAGAAGUGUGUCAGCGACGACUACGACCGGCUCAAGAAGAUCAUGCCCCCUGGCCAGCGCCUCAUUGCAAGCCAGCAACUCGCGGAGGCCCGCGAUGUCGCCUUGGCUGUCAUUGAAGAUGCCAAGGCAGCCAAAGAGGCACGCGACACUAGAAUCAAGGCUGGGGCCGCGUGCGCAAUGGUUGCCAUGAAGCUGCUUCCUAAAAAGCCCAGCCCGUUGAUCAAGGGAAUCAUGGACUCUGUCAAGACGGAGGAGAGCCAGCAGCUGCAAGGCCGCUCGUCGGAGACAAUCGCAAGAUUGGUUCAGCUCUUCACGGACAAGGGGAGACGGGGUCCCGCCGACAAAGUUGUCGCCAACCUGGUCAAGUUCUCAUGCGUCGAAGUGGCCGAAACUCCCGAAUUCCCAGUGCACGCCGCCAAGACGAACUGCAUCUUGUCGAUGCAGAAGGAGGAAGAUCGUGUUGACCACGCAGACGCUGUGAAAUGGGCCAAGGAGGCCAAGGCUGCCCGGAUCACGCGACGGGGAGCGAAAGACGCCCUUGAGAUCCUCUCCAAGACAUAUGGCGCGGCUGUGCUCGAGACGGUCCCAAGCCUGAGGACGUUUAUGGAGCAGCCGUUGAUCAAGGCAUUCACAGGGGAUUUGCCUGCUGAGGCAAAGGACCCGGGAGACACCUUUGGCCAGGAGAUCGUCGACGCCAUGUCUGUCAUUAGAACCAUGACACCCACGCUCGACCCGGCCUUGCAUCCCUUCGUCAUGCAGAUGAUGCCGCUCGUCAUCAAGGCCCUCCACUCGGAGCUCUCCGUCUUCCGCUACAUGGCUGCGAAAUGCUUGGCCACCAUCUGCAGCGUCAUCACUGUCGAAGGAAUGACGGCCUUGGUCGAGAAAGUCCUCCCGUCCAUCACCAAUCCCCUUGACUUGAACUACAGGCAGGGCGUGAUCGAAGCCAUCUACCACUUGAUUGCCGUAAUGGGCGACGCCAUCUUGCCAUACGUCAUCUUCCUUAUCGUCCCCGUUCUCGGCCGGAUGAGCGACUCGGACAAUGAGGUCCGACUCAUCGCGACCACGUCCUUUGCAACGUUGGUCAAACUGGUACCCUUAGAGGCUGGCAUUCCCGACCCGCCCGGCCUUUCCGAGGAGCUGCUCAGAGGACGAGAUCGUGAGCGAAACUUUAUUGCUCAGCUGCUCGAUCCGAAGAAGGUGGAGCCUUUCCAGAUUCCCGUCGCCAUCAAGGCCGAGCUCCGAUCAUACCAGCAAGAAGGCGUCAAUUGGCUGCAUUUCCUCAACAAGUACCACCUGCACGGAAUCCUUUGCGAUGACAUGGGUCUCGGCAAGACUCUACAGACCCUGUGUAUCGUUGCAAGCGAUCAUCACCAGCGCGCAGAGGAGUUUGCGAAAACCAAAGCGCCGGAUGUACGACGGCUGCCGUCGCUCAUCGUCUGCCCUCCAACUCUCUCUGGCCAUUGGCAGCAGGAGAUCAAGGCAUACGCCCCAUUCCUCAGCGUCACAGCGUACGUUGGCCCGCCGGCGGAGAGAAAAGCGAUGAAGGCGAGGCUUGGGGAGACGGACAUUGUGAUCACCUCGUACGAUGUUUGCAGAAACGACACGGAUAUCCUCGAGCAGCAUAAUUGGAACUACAUGGUCUUGGACGAGGGCCACCUCAUCAAGAACCCCAAGGCCAAGAUCUCCCAAGCCGUCAAGAAGCUUGUCAGCAACCAUCGGCUGAUCCUCACGGGUACGCCAAUUCAGAACAAUGUAUUGGAGCUCUGGUCACUCUUCGACUUUCUCAUGCCUGGCUUCCUCGGCGCCGAGAAAGUCUUUAUGGAUCGCUUUGCCAAGCCGAUUGCCAAUAGUCGCAACAGCAAGGCGUCGUCCAAGGAACAGGAAGCAGGCGCCUUGGCGAUUGAGGCCCUGCACAAGCAGGUCCUGCCGUUCUUGCUUCGGCGUCUCAAGGAAGAGGUCCUCAACGACCUGCCGCCCAAAAUCCUGCAGAACUACUACUGCGACCUGAGCGACCUACAGAAGAAGCUCUUCGAAGACUUUAGCAAGAAGCAGGGCAAGAAGCUGCAGGCGGAGGCGGGCCGUGACGACAAGGAGGCCAAACAGCACAUCUUCCAAGCGCUUCAGUACAUGCGCAAGUUGUGCAACUCGCCAGCGCUCGUCAUGAAGCCCGACAUGCCGGUAUAUGACGAGACGCAGAGGAUCCUUCAGAAACAGGGCACGUCUAUCGAGGAUGUGGCACAUGCACCGAAACUGACGGCCUUGCGCGACCUCUUGGUGGAUUGCGGCAUCGGCGGUCAAGAGGGAGAUUCGAAUGACCCACUGUACCAGCCCAUCAAGCCCCACCGGGCGCUCAUCUUCUGUCAGAUGAAAGAAAUGCUGGAUAUGGUGCAGCACAAAGUGCUGAAGGAGAUGCUGCCGUCCGUGUCGCACCUCCGUCUCGAUGGCUCCGUGGAGGCGAACAAGAGACAGGACAUUGUCAACAAGUUCAACGGCGAUCCAUCGUACGACGUCUUGCUCCUGACCACCAGCGUUGGCGGACUCGGCCUUAACUUGACGGGCGCCGACACCGUCAUCUUCGUGGAACACGACUGGAACCCGCAAAAGGACUUGCAGGCCAUGGACCGCGCCCAUCGAAUCGGGCAAAAGAAGGUGGUCAAUGUGUACCGCCUUAUCACUCGUGGCACGCUGGAGGAGAAGAUCCUAAGUCUCCAGCGCUUCAAGAUUGACGUUGCCUCGACCGUCGUCAAUCAGCAGAAUGCAGGUCUGGCGACGAUGGAUACGGACCAGAUCCUGGACCUGUUCAACCUGGGCGACUCUGGGCCAAACCUCAUAUCGGACAAGCCGCAAAAUGAGGUAGACGGACGGGAGGAAGACAUGGUGGAUCUAGAGACAGGCGACGUCUUGCGGCAACCGACUAAGAAGCCGUGGCUGGAGGACCUCGGCGAGCUGUGGGACAGCAAGCAGUACGAGGAGAGCUUUGACUUGGACGACUUCAUGAAGAACAUGUCUUGA